GAGAGGGCGGAAACACAGACAAACUCUCUUCGCUCGGCAAACAAACCGGACAUCCUCCAGUCAUUUUCCCACGGACGGGACGUCGAGGCAGCGAUUAUCUUUGAAAGCUCAGAUGGCAGCGCCGGCGAUGGCACAGCAUGAAGUCUCUACCCGUGUUUCCCUGGUCGCCGCCACUCCACUGACAAACAGUGCAGCGAUGUUCCGAAACACGGCGAGGCCAAGGACAUCACGGGCACCUUCACAAUCGUCCAAGACACCUGACGUGGAGAAGGUAGUUGGCCAGAAGACGGCAGUCGCCGCACGGAAGACUGCGACCCGGAACUCUUCUCCAUCCCCUUCUCGCACUCCUACUCCUCCAUCUCCUACCGUUGAGCAACCACGCACCCCGGUUCUCGAAGUGGAAACUGUGCGGACAUCAAUAGCCACCACUGUUAUCGAGUUCCCCAUCAUCACACCAGUGGCAGCCCCGCCACGUUCCAUGCGCUACCAGGUCGCUCCGCACACAACUCUUCACCACACGGCCUCUCCGCGGCGUAUGGCGCCAAGGCCUUCAUCAUCAUCAUCAUUAUCAAAUCCAGGGAGUGUGACGAGCAGUGCGGAUGGGUCGGCGACCCCAACGCCAAUUGUGGACCCUGCGAUGGCGGAACGGGGGUCGCCGAGUGUGAAUCGCGUCGGCGUAUUCUCGGCUGUAGGUGGAUCGGUGGUGGUUGCGAUUGGGUUCUUGGUGGCUAUGCUGAUGUGCAGGAGGAGGCGGAAACGGAGGAAGCGGGUCCGAAAGAGCGCAGUCCCAUUAUUCGGCGGAGACGAGGACUAUGAGCCUCCGAACUAUAGAGCCUUGGGAGCCGAGUCGAGAAGAUCAUACCCUUCCACGGGCCGGCUAUCGAGAACCGCGAUGGUGUCGACGGUCAAGGAUGCGUUCACGAAUUGGAGUGAAGGCCUGAACAGCUGGGGUUCCCGCGUCAAAGGGCGGAUGAAAGGCGAGGGCAUCGCUCCAUCAUUACCAGACAUCCUUCGGUGUUCUCACGCACCCCUCACAUCAAUGACGACCCGAUACUCCGAUGCGACGGACCGACAUGCCAACCCUCAUCAAACGCCGGAUCCAGAUCUUUUAGUUGAGGACUUCAUCUUCUCCGAUACCCGUGGCCCGGACAUGGAUACAUCACACAGGAUAGGAAGAAUGCCAUCGCGCGACGAUUGGGAUCCGCCGUUAACACCAGACGGAAACGACACCCCGUUCCGCGUACCCCGGCCACCACGGGCUCUCACGCGGGAAUGGUCGUGGGGAAGUGUUGAAAGCAACGGUGGCGUGGAUAUGUCGCGAAGUACGGUAACCUCGGCGUACGAAUUUACGACGGCGGAAGCUUCUAUGCCGAUGGCAAGUCCGAUGACAAGGAGGGAUGACCAGCAUCACUCGUGGCUUCACCUACCCUAUAAGAAUAUGGAGGUUCCCACCUCCGCAUCGACAACGCAUGAUCAUACUCAUCCUGCCAACAAAGAAUAUGACAGCACGUUCACGGACGAGCGGGAUCAGAGCCACUACAACAGCCGUUACAACAACACACCCUUCUCCUCGUGGAACUCUUCGGAAAGCACGGCGUAUCUUAGCGGAGACAUCUCCCAUACCCAAUCGCAUAUGCCCCCUCGCACUUACCAGCACCGCACCGACAGCAAACUCAACAGCAUGUACACAGCCUCUUCCUCGCUCUACCACCCCACCAACCCCUUCCGCGACCCGACCCCACCCCUUCGCCGCCCCGCCUCCCUCAACACCAUCCAAACAAAACUCACGCACGUGACAACAACAACUACUGCAUCCUCCGCCGUCUCAAACUACCUCUGCGAUCAAUGCCGGAUGGGCACGACCGUGAUUUCACCUGUCCGACUACCUAUUAUCUGUAAAGCAUGCAGUGGUGGCGGUAGCGGCAAUCACGCGUCAAAGUCCACCUACUCGUCGUCAUCAUCCUACUCCCGGUCGAGAUCGUCACUGGACACCUUCAACUCGGAGGUUUAUCGGUAUAAGCAUUAUCAUCGGCAGCAUGAGCAUCAGAGAGCGGGCAGUGCGGCCUCGGUGGGAAGGAGUGACAGGAGUUUGUCCGAGUUUCUGACGGGCGUUGUGUAGUGUAGCGACGGCGGAAGGCAGAGGAGAGGCGGAAUUGU